CGAAAGUAGAAGGAACUGGUGUUCCGGUUCUAAAAUAUUUCAGAGACCAAGUGAGGAUUAAUAUCUAAUUUUGUGUUUAAAGUGUAAGAUCCACAGAUGAGUCCUUGAACAUGGCCCAGUCCACAGACUAGAAGCAAUCCUGUAGCUGCUCCUCUGCCUUCUGCGACCACCUAUUUGUUGUCCUAAUCUCUGGAUCCUUGCUCUUUAGCCUCUGCCUGUAUGCAGGUAGGAGAAGCACAGCCAAGUGAUCAGAUUUCCCGAAAUGCAGUCUGGGCAUGGAGAGUAUCUGCACUCAAAUGGUUUGGGUCUGUAGUCGUCCAGCCUGCUAAUAGCUUGCUGCUGACAGUUUGUCCAUUCAGGAGGCCUAAAGGACAGCAAAGAAGUUCCAGCUAUAUUAUUUCAAUUUCACGAACAACUAGAAAGACUACUACUUUCAAAAUCUUAAGUUCAAUUUAUAUGAAGUGUUUGACUGCACAAAGCUCUAUUUUACCUAAAAGGACCACCACAGAUAAGUAAAUUGAAAAGGUACUGGAUCUAACCCUAUGAUUCAUUGAUUUUUUUCCCAUUGAUUUCAUGGUGACACUUACCAGUUUCUGGUGUGUCUUUGGUGUGCAUUCAUUAUUAUUUGUUUAAGACUGUUUUUGGAACUAUGUUGAACGGCUCAUAAAAGAAUCUUGCUGAAAUCAUAGAAAUGACUGAUACGCUGCAGCUUCCUGCUGUACAGAUUUCAUCUUCAGUCAGUGUGGCCUGGUCAAGAUCAUCAACUCCAACACUUCGGAGAAAGCGUUUCAAAAUGAAACGUUGGAAGAAUGUUCAGAGUGAGAAAGAACAAGUGGUGAACAGUGUUUACUGUGGCUCAAUAACCAAGGAGUACCUUCAGCUUCCUUUGAUUGAAAUCACUCCCUCAAGCGAUGAGGAUACUCUGUGGUCAAAUUGUUCGACGCCAAGUGCCUCCCCUCGUCGAAAACGUUUCCUGUUGAAGAAAUGGCUGAAGGUUCGUGAGAAGAGGGAUGCAAGUGAAACCAGCAGUCAGCAAAGCAGUCAACAAAGCAGCCAUGAUGAUGAUUCUUCUCGGUUCCUGACUCCACACGUUCGAGAGGAAAGGUCUGACAGUACUACUGACAGGGUUUGCACUGCCAGUAAUUCUGCUCGGAGCACCCCAGCCUGCUCACCCAUCCUGAGGAAGAGAUCAAGAUCCCCAACACCUCAGAAUCUAGAGGGUGAGAACAUGGUGGAAAAGGGCUCGGACCAUUCCUCAGACAAAUCACCUUCCACCCCUGAACAGGGAAUCCAGCGAAACUAUUCUUCCCAGUCUGGUCGAAGCAGCAAGAACUCCAAGAAAAGCCAGAGCUGGUACAACGUUUUGAGUCCAACAUACAAGCAACGGAAUGAGGAUUUCAGAAAGCUCUUUAAGCAGCUGCCAGACACCGAACGACUCAUUGUUGAUUACUCAUGUGCGCUCCAAAGGGACAUCCUCCUUCAGGGGCGACUCUACCUCUCAGAAAACUGGAUCUGUUUUUAUAGCAACAUUUUCAGAUGGGAAACACUGCUCACUGUUCGCCUCAAGGAUGUUUGUUCAAUGACAAAGGAGAAAACAGCCCGGCUCAUUCCCAAUGCUGUUCAAGUUUGCACUGACACUGAAAAGCACUUUUUUACUUCUUUUGGAGCCCGGGACAGAACUUACAUGAUGAUGUUCAGACUCUGGCAGAAUGCACUGCUUGAAAAGCCUCUUUGUCCCAAAGAGCUGUGGCACUUUGUUCAUCAGUGUUAUGGGAAUGAGCUUGGUCUGACCAGUGAUGAUGAAGAUUAUGUUCCCCCAGAUGAUGACUUCAACACAAUGGGGUUUUGCGAGGAGAUCCCAGUCGAAGAAGUAGAGGUGAAUGAUAACUCAUCUAAGAGCAGUGUCGAAGUAAAGACGGAUGCUAGUCCUCAGAUGCACAAGAAAUCAGUCACGAACAGCACACUAACCUCUACGGGGAGCAAUGAGGCUCCUGCCUCAUUUGAUGGUAUUACUGCAGACGAUGAAGUUGAUUGUCAGCUAGAAGGUGAAAUUGGAGAUCUUCAGGUCAUUGACAAGAAUGAGAUCAAUUUGUCUGCAAACUCUCCAUCCCUGGACUUCAAUGAUAAUGAGGACAUUCCAACAGAACUGAGUGACUCAUCAGAAACACAUGAUGAGGUGGGACUAACUACAGCUGAUUUUAAAAAACUGAAGACAGGUGAAGUACAAGCAUUCUACGAAGACCUCAACGGCCGACAGUACAUUAAUGAGGUUUUUCAUGUGAAUGUGGACAAGCUAUAUGAUUUGCUCUUCACUGAUUCCCAGUUCCUACGAGAUUUCUUUGAGCAGCGACGGUUUACUGACAUGGUUAGUCAUCCCUGGAAGAAGGAAGUUAAUGGCAAUCAGACUCGAGUGAUAUUGUAUACUAUUGCUCUCUCAAAUCCACUUGCGCCAAAAACGGCCACAGUCACUGAGACCCAGACAUUGUACAAAGCCAGUCAGGAGAGUGAGUGUUAUGUGAUCGAUGCAGAAGUAAUCACUCAUGAUGUUCCAUAUCAUGAUUACUUCUACACAAUCAACAGAUAUAGCCUUACACGAGUUGCAAAGAACAAAAGCAGGCUGAGGAUAUCAACAGAACUGAAGUAUAGGAAACAGCCUUGGGGCUUGGUGAAAUCGUUCAUUGAGAAAAAUUUUUGGAGUGGUUUAGAUGACUACUUCAGACAUUUAGAUAUUGAGCUUGCAAAAGUAGAAAAACAAUAUGCUGCUGAACUGCACAGGCAAUCUCCAAAAGAUAAAAACAACAAAUCAUCCACAAUUCGGCGGAGAAAACGACCUCACAUUCAUGUGCGAGGCCAGCACCUCGAUGAAACCGCCAGCCCUGUUACCACACCAACUGACGAAGAGGUGGGCCAGAGGAUUAAACAUGUGGCAGGUUCCACUCAGACAAAACACAUCCCUGAAGAAAUUACAGGAGGAAUUCAGCUUUACAGUGUUUCCAAGUUAUUGCUCAUCAUUACCUUUGUCCUGGUGUUGCUAGUAUUUCUGAAUAUGAUGCUGUUUUACAAGCUGUGGAUGUUGGAGUAUACAACGCAGAGUCUCACUACUUGGCACGGGAUCAGGCUCCAGGAAAGCAAACUGCCCCAGUCUCAGGUGGAAUGGGCCCAGUUAUUAGAGUCACAACAGCGUUACCACGAUGCUGAGCUACAGAAAUGGAGAGACAUUCUAAAAUCAUCAGUGGUGCUUCUAGAUCAGAUGAGAAAUUCAUUAAUAACUCUACAAAAAGGCAUUGGUUUGCGUGAUUACAGUUCAGAAACAGACAAACAUGAUCGAUUUCACUGACUGGCAUCACCGAGGCCGAAGAGGGAAUUGUGUGCAAUAUAUGUUAUGUAUAAAUUAUAUAUAUGUUAAAUAUAUAUAAAUAUAUAUAUAUAUAUAUAUUCAUAUAUAUAUGUGUGUGUGUGUGUAUAUAUAUAUAUAUAUAUAUAAAAGAAAUAAAAAGACACUGGAACCGCAGGCCGAGUUGGAUCCCCAGGAUUGCUGUCUGAAUCAGCAAAUUCACAAUUGACAACACCAAGAUCCUGCACUGAUGUGAAAACUAGGAGAACUACUGAAGCAUUGUGGAAAACAACAGCCACACUAAUCUCCCUUCACGCUCCUGUUAUAAAUCCUAGAACAUUGUACUGUAAGUGUAACAUCUCACAAAAGCAUGUAAUAAUCUGUAGGCCUUCUCUUUUAUGGAAGAUGUGUAACUGAAGUACCAUGUGGUCUUGUUUAAAAUAAGGUAUUCAUCAAGCAGAGAUAGGAGCAGGGUGAGGAUCUUGAAGCUGUUAUUAGUUAAUUGUGCCUGCAGAAACACAGAAUACAUCCUAUUUAAUAUUAGCAAAAUUAAUCUGAUGUAUUGAUGCUGGCUCAGAGUGAAUGGUUUUAGAAACUGUGAAUAUCUGUAUUGAAAAAAAAACUUGAAGAUUUUCUAAGUUACAAGUGAAAAGUAACUGGAAUCCUGAUGCAACUAACUUAGUUAUUUAUUAUUGUUAAGAACAGUCUAAACAAUCUAUCACAGGCAGGCCCAAGAAUAUGUAGAGAAAAAAUGUGUUCUGCUCUGUUACCCUCAUUGCAAGAUGUCUACAAGUUUUAGGUUGUUCACCUGAUAACUGCAUUGAACACGUGUGAAGUCUGAUUCUGAAGAAUCCCAUAUUUUAUGACAAAUUAGGAAUGAAUUUCAUGAUCAGCACCAUGAACGUAGUGAGGCACCUACAGGGAAGCGUGAGGCCCCCGUGAAAUGUGAUGUCAUGUUUAACUGCUGCAGAGGUAUCGCAUGCUAGUCUGACCUAUUUUUUAGUUUCAUGGUUUUCUGAUGGAAAAUUAAAGAAUUAUAGAUUAGUGUAGCUAAUCUAUAAAUAUCCCAAACUGAAAAUAAUUAAAGUGAUUUCAGUUUUCCAACAUGUUAAUGAGCCACAGUUUAAAAAAAGGAAAAUAUUAAAGAUUUGUCUUAAAGCUUACUGUUGAAUUUGAUUCGCAGAUCAGACAGGAUCUUAAUAGAUACAAUGAGAUAUUUGAAUGUCCUGUCAUUUGAUAAUAUUUCUUACUUGAAAAGCAUGGAAAUUGUGCUGUGCACAUGCUAAUCUAGUAUAGUAUAUGACAGAUACAAUAUUUAGUGACCAAAUUUCAAUGUGGUUGUCUUAUUAGAACAAAAUCCAGGCAGGUGCAAGUGCAAAAUGAUGCAUGCUGUGUCAUGGGAUAGGCACAGAACUAAUGAGACCAUGUAGCAACAGUCAAGUGGUUUAAUCCAGUCAACACUGAACUAGUGGAUGCUGGCACUUUAACCUUUGGUAGGCAAUUUGCAUUAAUAAUGCAAGAAUAAACCAGAUUUAAAGUGGAUUUUGAAAAUGAAUUAUGUCCGAUUAAAAUACAAUCUUUAAACAUGCGUCUAUAAAAAUUGGUGCUCAUCUGUGAGCUGUUUUGGUAUGAACAAAUAAUCAGCUAUUAACAUAGUCCAAGAAAAUAAGUAUUUAAGUUGUUUAUUUAUAAGUAUAUUGUGUCAUGGCUAAUGUACAGUAUGAACUGAUAGAACUGGGAGAUACGGUGUUAGGGUUAACAGGUGGAGAAUUGCCUUGUAAUUUUGUUCAAAAAUUUGAUCAUUCAUUUAUGACAGUUAUUUUCAAUGGGAGUCCCUGAUCUGAUAAAUUAAGAGAGUGGGGGAAUUCUAGCAUCUUGAAACAAAAUUAUUUUGAUGAAUUUAGUGCUCCUCGAUGUGAAAUUUGAGGCAUUUUGGCCUACAUAUAUUGUGGGCAGCUGUAUGACUCUCUAGCAUAUUAGAUUGUAUUUGGAAUACUUACUGUCAAAUGUAAAGCUGAUAUCUCAAAGGCGUUCAAUAAUUUCUGGAAUGAGAACUUUGUGAUUUAAAUUUAUUAAAUAUACAUGAACUCCAGUAACUAACCAGGUAAAUACACCUUAUCUAAGGGUAUAACGUCUGGACGAUUAUUAGCUAAGUGAUACAGCUGCCAAUAUCUGCCUUUUCAAUAGAAUCAGAUAUAAUAAGAUUUGAUGUUAAAUAUGAGGUGCUUUUAAUAUGACUGAUACAAAAGGUUGUUUUCUAAAAUGAACAAAGCUUUCUAUUGAUCAGAAGUUUUUGCCGCCAAUCAGAAAGUAUUUAGCAAUAUUUAAUUUAUUAAGAGGAGGUGUGAUUGGCCAGUCAGCUAACUGCUUAUUAAAUUGUGUGGGCAGAUAUUCCAAAGUGCACUAUUUACACCUAAAAACUAAAUUUUCAGUGCAAUGGAUUUUGUGGCCACAAUAUUUUAUCUUAAGGACUUGCCUCAUGUCUCUGAUCAUAAAUCAUUGGGAAUAUUGACAAAGGCAGUGUCUGAAGACAAAUAUCAGAGUUGUAUUGCACAUGCAUACUUUGACAAUAAAAUGAACCAUUGAUUGAUAUAUAUAUAUAUAUAUAUAUAUAUAUCAUGGCAAAUGCUGACAAAUCCAUUUCUAACUAAAUUAUGGCAUCAUAUUUUCUUUAAGCAGGUCAUCCUAAUUCAGUGCUGCAUUCACUUUUUCACUUUAGUUUUUUUUAAUUGACUAUUGCUUCUACAUUCAACAAGACUAGUAGAAUCAUGAUCCUUUGCAGUAUGCCAUUGAGCAGAUAUAGUAGGUUGUGUUUGUGAUGUUAAUCACUCCAUAUAUAGCAUCAUUUUGAUGAAUAUGGGUUUUAAUUUUUGUGCUAUAGUAGUAACAUUUUUUAAAAAUUCUGGAUCAAACUUUUGUUGCCUUUAAUAUUUAAUUUCACGUUUUUAAUAUGAGAUACAAAUAAGUCAGCAAAUAGAUUUGCACUGUAGAAGAAAAAAAAUGAUAUCUUGAUACUGUGCAGCUGCUUAUGCUUGUUGUAUUUUUAUUUUUGUGCUUGGUAUAGUAGAGGAUUGCUGGAAAAUAAUGAAGUGAUUUGAAUCCUUUGCUUUUAAAUUAGCUGACAUAUAUGGCUAGUUUUGUUUAUAGUGUUUACAUUAUGUGUAACACCAAAAAUCAGUCAAGCCGGAUUUGUGAAUAGUAAAAAGGUCAGAUUUGAGGGUAGGUUUACAGGCCUAAAGUGAGUGAGAGUGUGUAUGAGUGUAUGCAUGGGAAGGCUAAUAUUCACAUUAAGAAAAUUCAAAUUGCUGUAACAAACUACUGGUUGUUAACCCAUAAAUCAAAUUUCGGUAGCACAGGGGAUACUGUUGAACAGACAAAAUGAAAACAUUUUCUUAUCAAAUCCAAGUUUUUAUUUUGCUUGAAAUAUAGCUGGGCCUAUACCUUGCUCAGUGAGUCACCUUAUUGAUAUAUCUCCUAGCUUUCUAUUUCAAAACAAAAAUUGAUUUAGGACAUAUUCUAAUGAAUUUUAUGGGAGUGAUAAAAUCUUGCUGGAUUUUUGAUGAGUAUAGUGUUUUAAUGUACAUUCUUAUACAUUGUUUAUUUCCUGUUUUAACCUCGAUGACCUGGUUGAAGUUUCAUAUUUUCUUUUCUUACAACUUAUAUAGUUACCAUGUUGUGAUAGAGGUGGUAAAGUGUCUCCCAUGCCUGAAAAUAACUUGUGACCAAAAGAACUGAGUCAAGCAAAGAUAGAAAUGGUGAUGAAUUUUAGUGAACUUUCUUGAUGUCAUUUAUUUCUAAAUCAUUUUGUAAUCAUAUGACACUUUUGAAGCAUUAAUGUGUUAAUAUUACUUAGAACUAAAGUGCUUUUGUCCUCUAUUGAAAAAGAUACAAAUAAUGUGUAUGAAUGUUCAAGGCCAACUUGUACAUAUUGCUAUUAUUUGCUUUCUUUACAUUCAAGCUGGUGGUCAUGUCUGUUGGCCAUCUUUUACUUCCUGAUUUCUGUAUUUAAUGGUUAAACAAGUUUGAACACAGCAUCUAUCAAUCAUUCACAAAUUCAGUAUAUCCUAAAAUCAGGUUACAGAGAAUGGAGAUGCCAUGUCUGAUAGCUGAAGAAGCUAUGCAGUCACUGGCAUUUAAUAAUUGAUGUAAGCCUGUAAAUUUGCUUCCCAGACCUCCAACAUGGAGGACAGGAAUCGUGUUCAUUGUGAACUGGUAGUGGGUUGUAGCCCAUAGAUAAAGACCAAAAAUCAUAUGCAUAUGCAAUUAAAGGGUCUAACAACCCUUCCACAAGGACUCCACCAGUGCUAAUUUCCCCCAAGGUACCAGUGCUGGCACUGGCUACACUUCGGGGAAACUAGUUUUAACAUGCAGUGCAUGGUGGUCAGAGAAGGACCACAAACGAUAUGAGGGAGGUUUCAAAAUGCUAAAUAUGGAACCAGUGAGAGUAGGAUUGCUGCUCCUUAACCCACGUUUAAAGAUAUUGCCAAUCAUUGUUUUUUCACUUCCUAAAAGUUAUUGCUAUUUUCCUCCCCUUGAUCAUUGGCAAUACUUAACUUCCUUAAAAAUCACUUUCUUUCCACUCUUUCCUCCACAUUUCUUAUCUCUAUGCUUAUUUGUCCUCUCUAGUUAUUUACUUAUUUACAUGACGGCUGCUGCUGUUGACGUGAUGGUAUGAUCAUCUAUCUCUCAUUGAAGCCAAAUAUAACUAUGUCAUGAAAUUCACCAGUCAAACAUAAGAAGCUGUCGCUGUGACCUCCCAUUCCCUCCACAACUCUCACAACUCCAUGUGUGUGUCCAAUAUGGGGAUGUUUAAAUUCAAGGCUUUGGACCUUUGAGAGCACCAUUCCUCUGUGCAUACAUUGCAAUGGUUUAUGUUGCACACCUACUACAUCUAUAAUCAGGCGCUGUCUACACUGUAGCCAUCCUCCUGUUUGUUGCUUGUUACUCAAGGUAAAGGCUGUAUUAUUACGUUUUCUUUUCCUUGAACUCAAUAUUAAAUAUAGUAUUGUUUCAGAAAAAAAUAGCUCAUAAUGUGUUUUGCAGAGUCAGUUACUGCACCAAUGUUGAAAUGUUAAAUUUUGUUUAGGGCUCUGAUGUGUCGUGUAAAAAGUAGAUCCGCAACGGAAUUUGCUGUUCAAGAGUGUUUUUGGGCUGUGUAUUUUCAGCAAUAUAUGGAAGGCAUUUUAUUGAACUGAUUGUAAUUUUACAAAACAUUGAACGAUUAUCAUUGUACUGUAUGCAGGAUUUGAAAAUGUGAGUACGAUAAGAAUAUAAGAGGGAUAGAGUCUGCCUCACAGCAUACUCAGCUUGUUUGUUUGCAUUUAAAUAAUGCAAAGGAUCAGGAAAGUACAGAUCCCCAACCCCUCGCCCACCCCCCCCCCCACCGACGUUACAGGGAGGUUGUGCUCUGAGAAAAUAACCUGUAUUCAUAAUUUUCCCUUUUGUCAAUCUGCGUCAUAUGCACGUGUCAAGAAACAAGAGUUGGGAAAUCAAUAAUUUCUUGUUGAUUUUAUUUACUUUUUACACAAAAAUUCAGUGAAAGCAAAUUUCAAUCUUUCUCACAUUUGGGUAGUGAUUUUUGAAUACUGUAAGGAGGAAUUUUCAUAGAUCUAACAGCUGUAAUGCAGGAGUGUGUGGUCAUAAUUGUUGAAUUGGGAUGUUUUAAAUUGGCACAGCUAAUGGACAAUUGAACACAUUAAUAUUUACUUCAGCCUUUCAAACCUGAUACUCAGUAACACAUCAUUGUUUCAGAUUUUAUGAUAAAUGAAAACUGAAAAAUAAGAUGCAAAAGAUUUUCUGUGCACAAGAAUGCAGUGAAAACUUUUGUUGUAAAUGGCUUAAUUGUACAAACUAAUUCCUCUAUCUCAUUGUUUCAAUUAAGUAAUCUUUCGAAUGUACAAUAAAUGAAUUGCUCCCCAAGGGAAUAUUUCCCCUUUUUAAUAUGAUCUUCCCAUUGAACAGCAUGGUUGUUAGUUGGCUAAUGCUGUAUUACAAUGUAAUUUAGUUCAUUGAUAAACACUGCACCCACUCCAGGAAUUUUUUUUUAAAGAUGCAUGUGGAUCUGAUGCUGCCUAAUGCUAGCCUGCAGGGUAUGCAACUGUCAUCAGAUGAAGUAAGGUAAAAUUGGAUGUGUGGCUUGUCUAUGCCAUUACAUUAUGUAACAAACUAUCUUAAUGUGCAUUCAAGAAAAAUAUACAUUUUUUAAGAACUGUUUUGAUCUCCAUAUAUGAAACAUAACUAUGAACUUCGCGCUGUGCGCAGGUUUAGUUUUAAUAACCUUGCCUACUAGAGUUUCGGUUAUCAUGGUAUCCCACCUGCAAGUUCAUGUAAAGUAGAAACAAGCUAUGAAUAAAAAGUGUUGGAAAAAAAUCUUUAAUUGUCACCUUUCUU